GAAAUAUUUGUGUUCUGUUGAUCGUCAAGAUAUCCAUACAGCAUCUUAGCCUUCUGUUUUUCGCUGCCUAUUUCUGCUUCGACAAGGCAAUCUCGCAACAAUGUCAUCGCUUCAGUUACUGCAACUAACAGAGCAUGGGCGAAACCUUUUGUCUACAAGAAGGAGAACGCUUGCAGUUGUUUCUGGCGCACUACUUGCUGGUGGGACUUUAGCAUAUGCACAGUCAAGUCGACGGAGGAAACAUAAUAAGGAAGAAAAGUCUUGUACUGAUGCAAAUGGACAUACUAGGAGUAAAGCCAGCACUAGUCAAAAUGGCGUUGAUGGUAAAGUGGUGAAACCAAGGAAAAAGAAAAAUCUAUUGAAAUCCUUACAUUUCCUGGCUGCAAUUUUAGUCAAGAAGAUUGGCCCAAGUGGAACGAAUUACCUUCUCGGCUUAAUGUUAACAGCAGUGUUGCGGACAGCCAUCGGUCACAGAUUAGCAAAAGUUCAAGGAUAUUUGUUCAAAUCCGCGUUUCUUCGGCGUGUUCCGACCUUCACACGCCUCAUUAUUGAAAAUCUUCUAUUAUGCUUCCUUCAGUCCACGAUAUAUCAGACCUCAAAGUAUUUGACAGGGUCCUUGGGCUUGCGCUUCAAGAAAAUUUUGACAGAUCUCAUCCAUGCUGAUUACUUUGAGAAUAUGGUUUACUACAAGAUCUCUCAUGUAGAUCAUCGGAUCUCAAACCCAGAACAGAGGAUUGCUAGUGAUAUUCCAAAGUUCUGCUCAGGACUGAGUGAACUUGUACAGGAUGAUCUGAUUGCAGUUGCAGAUGGGUUAAUAUACAUCUGGCGCAUCAGUUCUUAUGCAAGUCCGAAAUAUGUUCUCUGGAUUCUGGCAUAUGUACUUGGUGCGGGUGGCUUAAUUAGAAAGUUUUCUCCUGCUUUUGGGAAAUUGAAAGGCAUGGAACAACAGCUAGAAGGGGAAUAUCGGCAGGUUCAUUCACGACUGAGAACUCAUGCUGAGAGUGUGGCAUUUUAUGGUGGUGAGAAUAGAGAAGAAUCACACAUUAUGCAGCGGUUCCAGGCUCUUGUGCGGCACUUGAAUAUUGUUCUUCAUGAGAACUGGUGGUUUGGCAUGAUUCAAGAUUUUCUUCUGAAGUAUCUUGGUGCCACUGUGGGAGUUAUCUUGAUUGUUGAACCAUUCUUUGCGGGUCAUCUUAAACCUUCUGAUUCAUCUACCUUAGGACGGGCAGAGAUGUUGAGCAAUCUUCGAUAUCACACAAGUGUGAUAAUAUCAUUAUUUCAGUCUCUUGGUACCCUUUCUACCAGUUCAAGGCGUUUAAAUCUUCUCAGUGGCUAUGCAGACCGUAUACAUGAGUUACUGGAUGUUUCACGUGAGCUAUCUGGGGUUCGCGACAAAUCGUUGAGUCAAAAUUCUUCUGCCAAAAAUUAUAUUAGUGAGGCAAACUAUAUAGAAUUUUCAGGUGUUAAGGUGGUGACACCCUCUGGGAAUGUCUUGGUUGACGAUUUAACUCUCCGGGUGGAGUCGGGUUCUAAUCUUUUGAUCACUGGCCCCAAUGGUAGUGGAAAAAGCUCUCUUUUCCGUGUUCUUGGUGGCCUGUGGCCACUUGUGUCUGGCCACAUUGUCAAACCUGGUGUUGGUUCUAAUCUUAACAAGGAAAUCUUUUAUGUCCCGCAGCGACCAUAUACAGCCGUUGGAACACUUCGUGACCAGCUAAUCUAUCCACUUACAGCAGAUCAGGAAACCGAACCACUUAGCUACAGUGGUAUGGUGGAUCUUCUAAAGAAUGUUGAUUUGGAAUACUUGCUAGAGCGCUACCCUCUCGACAAGGAAGUUAACUGGGGUGAUGAGUUGUCUCUCGGUGAGCAGCAAAGAUUGGGAAUGGCCAGAUUGUUCUACCAUAAGCCCAAGUUUGCCAUCCUGGAUGAGUGUACUAGUGCUGUAACAACUGAUAUGGAAGAACGAUUCUGCAAAAGGGUUCGAGCAAUGGGCACAUCAUGCAUAACAAUAUCUCAUCGUCCAGCAUUAGUUGCAUUUCAUGACGUCGUUUUGUCCUUGGAUGGUGAAGGAGGGUGGACAGUUCAACAUAACAGAAAUGGCUCAUUCCUUCGUACUGAUUCCGAGGUUGAUAUAUUGAAGUCAUCAGAAACUGAGCGCAAAUCUGAUGCAGUUGCUGUUCAAAGGGCUUUUAGGUCCAAUUCGAAGGGAAAUUCUUUAUCGGGUCCGAAGGAACAUUCUUAUUCAACACAGGUCAUAGCUACUUCCCCUAAUACGGAAAUAGAAUCCACAGAACAACCACAUCUGAUCCCACAGUUACAGUGCUCACCGAGACCUUUGCCUGUCAGAGUUGCCGCAAUGUCUAAAAUACUGGUUCCUAAAAUAAUUGAUAAGCAAGGGGGUCAAUUGCUUGCUGUUGCAGUACUUGUACUCUCCCGGACUUGGAUAUCAGAUCGUAUAGCUUCACUAAAUGGAACUAGUGUUAAGUAUGUCCUGGAGCAGGACAAGGCUGCCUUCAUUCGGUUGAUUGGGAUCAGUGUAAUGCAAAGUGCUGCAAAUUCAAUUGUGGCACCAUCACUGAGAAACCUUACUUCAAAGAUUGCUCUUGGAUGGCGAAUUCGCAUGACCAACCACCUACUUGCAUAUUAUUUGAGAAGAAAUGCUUUUUACAAGGUAUUUAACAUGACAGGCAUAGAUAUUGAUGCAGACCAAAGAAUAACACGUGAUGUGGAGAAAUUGACCAAUGAUCUUGCUGGCUUAGUUACUGGAAUGGUGAAACCACUAGUUGACAUUCUUUGGUUUACAUGGAGAAUGAAGGUUUUAUCUGGGAGAAGAGGAGUUGCAAUUCUGUACGCAUACAUGUUGCUAGGGCUUGGUUUUCUAAGAGCCGUUUCCCCUGACUUUGGUGAUCUUUCAAACCAAGAACAAGAGCUUGAAGGUUCUUUCAGGUUCAUGCAUGCAAGACUGCGGACACAUGCUGAGUCAAUUGCAUUCUUUGGUGGCGGAUCAAGGGAAAGAGCUAUGGUUGAAGCUAAAUUCAACACAUUGCUUAACCACUCGAAGAUUCUUUUGAGGAAAAGAUGGCUUUAUGGUAUUUUUGAUGAUUUCGUGACGAAGCAGUUGCCUCACAAUGUGACAUGGGGACUGAGUAUGUUAUAUGCUUUGGAACACAAGGGGGACCGAGCUUUGACUUCAACUCAAGGAGAGUUAGCACAUGCACUGCGGUUCUUGGCAUCUGUAGUGUCACAAAGCUUCAUAGCUUUUGGUGACAUUCUCGAGUUGCAUAAGAAAUUUCUUGAACUUUCUGGUGGUAUUAAUAGGAUCUUUGAACUCGAGGAGCUUCUACAGGCAUCACAAAGCAAUGCUGUCAUGCCUUCAAAUGUUAUCAGUGUGGCAUCUGAAGAAACUAUUUCAUUCCGUGAUGUUGAUAUUGUGACCCCAUCGCAAAAGCUAUUGGCUAGCCAAUUGUCUUGUGAUGUGUCUCAAGGAAAAAGCCUUCUUGUUACUGGUCCAAAUGGCAGUGGAAAGAGUUCCAUUUUUAGGGUGCUUCAAGGCUUGUGGCCUGUAGCUUCUGGAAGACUCACCAUGCCGUCUGAAGGGAUAUUUCAUGUUCCUCAGCGUCCAUAUACUUGUCUUGGAACCUUGAGGGAUCAAAUCAUCUAUCCUCUCUCACGUAAGGAGGCAGAGGCGAAGAUGGUUACAUUAUUCAAAACAAGUGGCGGGUCUGCUGCUUCCGGGUCGUUGGAUGAUCACCUGAGGACAAUUCUAGAGAGUGUGCGCUUGGUCUAUCUUCUCGAAAGAGAAGGCUGGGAUGCUACCCCCAAUUGGGAAGAUAUUUUGUCCUUGGGAGAACAGCAGCGGCUAGGCAUGGCUCGUUUGUUCUUUCACCGUCCCAAAUUCGGUAUCCUUGACGAGUGCACCAAUGCCACAAGUGUCGAUGUCGAGGAGCAUUUGUACAGGCUAGCAACUGACAUGGGUAUAACUGUGGUUACUUCCUCACAAAGGCCUGCUCUCAUACCCUUCCAUUCACUGGAGCUGAAACUCAUUGACGGCGAAGGAAAGUGGGAGCUGUGUGCAAUCAACCAGUAGUCGGUGGCUGCGCCUUUAGUCUCUCCCAAAUGUAUACUAACAUACAGUAAAAUAGUCAUCAGCUGCUGCCUAUAAAGCCAGGACGGCAGCAUCCGAUUGGAGAUAGAGCAGGAAAAAUAUACAUGGGUCGUAGAAAGGGAAAUGUUGUUAUUUCGGCAGGAUAGCAUGGUACAUAAUAUUGUUGUUCUCAUACAGAACACACUGUGAGAUGACAUUUGCCACCAAAAACGUCUGGUGGCGUGUAGCAAUUAUUUGUAUACACACGGGCACGAAGUGUGCCCUUGUAAAGGGUGGCUCGUAUAAAUCCAUCUUCCUGAUGUCA